UCUGAGCUUUGCUAGGUUAUGUGCUAAAAAGGCGACUAACAUUUUCUGAGCUACUUGCAGCUUUCCCACUCCACAACUUGAAGCUUGCGACUUAUUCUCUCCAGUAGAUCAAUUUAUCCCUACUCACUACGACUUUUGCUUUCUCCCCAAGAGCUUCACUUUUUGACCCGAAUUGUUGUGAACAGCAACCAUUUUUUGAGGCUCUGAAGAAAUUUAUCAAACUUCAAGGACAGUUUGGCUUCACCCAAUGGCAACUAAAAUGGAUCUAAAAGGCUGCAUGAAGCUUUUGGAGAAAAUGUCAGUGUUGAUUUUGAAUGAAAUUGCAGCAUCCAACUAUUCGAGCUUACUCAAUGAUUUUGUUGAAUCUGAACUCUUCCUAAUUGAUGGGGAUUCCUUAUUUAUCACCUGCCUAAAUGAUGAAAAAUUGAAGGCAGGACAAAAUCUUCACUUUUUCUACUUAAUUGAACGUUAUCUUUUCGAUUUGAGAAGUAAAGGAGGCCAAUUUAUCGUUGUUUUCUUCAAGGAUUUUGAACACUCAUAUUUUGAAACACCCGAACUUCUUCCAUUAAGGACUGCACUGAUUCUCCACCUUCAGAAAAAUACUGACAUUAAUAUUCAAAGUGAAUUUUCAGGAUGUUUUUCACAGGAAUGGAAUUGUUUCUUGGAAGAAAACUGCCCAUAUUUUCUAUUAGUUUCAGAUGAAGGAAUGACUUCUCUACAAACAUAUCUUUUCUAUUUUUAUAUCAUACAUUCCUGGUCCAUGAAGAUCAGUACUGCUCUGAUUUCAGGGCAGAAAUUAGAUAUUCUCAGAGUUCAUGCAUACUUUAUGCUAAGCAGACACAAGAAUCAGAAUUUUUUCAAGCAGGAAAAAAAUCAAAUGAAGAGAGUUUACCAAACUCUGAUUGAGCAUUUGAAAACAUCCAGUGCUGCAUCACUGACACCAUUAUUUGACCAAUUACAUUGUAACAAUUGGGAAAAAGAGAUAUGUUGGAGUAUUGGUCAACUUCAAGCCCUCUGGCCAAAAGGAUCUGAUAUUCAACGUGUUCUCUGUGUGCUAUCAUGUUCUUUGUCCUUGAAAAUGUACCAGAAUUUUCAAGAAAAGGAGAAGAAAACUUCUCCAGCAAUAGACACAUCUGAGAAACAUUUGGCAUCAGUAGAGGAAGUUAAAGAUCUUUGCAGAAUGUAUUGCCUCAGUGUAGUUUUUUUGCUCCAUUUGCCUCUUUCUCAGAGAGCUUGUACCAGAUUAAUCAGUUCUUCCUGGAAAAACUCAGUUUCUACCUUCUUGAAAAUGAAAAAGUGGUGUGAAUUUUUUGUUCUAAAAAAUUUGGAUAGUUCAGAAACAUGGAAUGUGGAUUUAACUUAUGUUUGUGAUACAAAUGAUGACCAGUUAUGGAAGAAUAUUGUUUAUUACUAUGAAAAAGAAAGCACACAAGGUUUACAUUUGGAAUUGGGAAAAGCCAUUGAGGAAGAUUAUAAAGACUUGUGGAGUGCUGUGUCACAUCUGGUAAGAGAGUUUGAUGUAGGACCACCAUUACCUCUCCGAGUUACAAUGGAACUUUUUCUUCAAAACACAUGCUCACCAAUUAAAGAAGAGACUCAGGAAAAGAUGCCUAAUUUGGGCUUUAUUCCAAUGACAUCACCAAUAGUUAAGAAGUUUGCAGGAGACAUCCUGGAUCAGGUUCCUUUUCUAAGCAGUGAUGACCCAGUCGUUACUUCCCUGGUCAAGUAUAAGGAGUUUCAUGAACUUGUACACUGGCAUUCUCAUAAGCCCCUUAGUGAUCACUAUGAGAGGACAAAAUCUUUUACAGAUGGAAAAUCCCCAUAUUUUCUCAAAUCAAUACAAAAGUUACAGACUUUUCAACAACAUUUUGGAAACUCUUUAGAAGGCACUACUUCGAAAAUUAUUGUAACUCAAUCCGUCCAGUCAAAGAAAGAUUUUGUUGCAGCAAAGAAGAACAAAAAAUCACAAGAAAGUAAAGCUGACAUCAUUAUCAAAGAAAACAACAAUCGACUCCUUGCCAAAGAGGAGCAGAAAGAAAGUGAGCGAUGGAAAACCCUCUCCUCUUCUAUUGAAGGAGAAAUGAAAGAGAAUUUUCAUUCUGGAAUAACAAAGCUGGAAGAUUUUCUGAAAUCUUGUAAAAGCAAUUCUGUGAAAUUUAGUGUAGAAAUGGUAGGGCUGAAUGCCAGCUUAAAUGCAUGGAGAGAACAUUGCCAAGGUGAAGGGAGAGUAAGAAAAGAUUUCAGUAUUGCUAUUCACAUGAUGAAAAGAAUCCAUUCCAUAAUGGAUAAAUACCAGGAAUUUUUGCAGGAGUCAGAUAAAAAGAAUAUAUCCAGAUGUCUUAAAUACUUAGGAUUUGACAAUUUGGCCAGAACUUUGGAUCCUACACAGGUUAUGCAAAAAGAUAAAAAUAGCAAAAAGGUUCAUUAUGCUCUCGAUAUGGGACCAGCUCGCUUUCAGUUACAACACAUGGGACAUUACUUGUUCCGGGAUGAGAGAAAAGAUCCAGAUCCAAGAGUUAAAGAUUUUAUUCCAGACACAUGGCAGCGAGAGCUUCUUGAUGUGGUGGACAAUAAUGAGUCAGCUGUGAUUGUUGCACCCACGUCAUCGGGGAAAACAUAUGCCUCCUACUACUGCAUGGAGAAAGUUCUGAGGGAGAGUGAUGAUGGAGUGAUUGUAUAUGUGGCCCCUACAAAGGCCCUUGUCAACCAAGUGUCAACUACUGUUCAGAGUCGUUUCACUAAACGCCUGCCAGAAGGUCAAGUUCUAUGUGGUGUUUUCACAAGGGAUUACCGCCACUAUGCAUUAAACUGUCAGGUACUUGUAACAGUGCCAGCCUGUUUGGAAAUCCUGUUACUUUCCCCUAAUCGUCAAGAAUGGGUGGAAAAGAUUAGAUAUGUUAUAUUUGAUGAGGUUCAUUGUCUUGGGGGACAAAUUGGAGCAGAAAUUUGGGAACAUCUGCUGGUUAUGAUUAGAUGUCCUUUUUUGGCUCUUUCAGCAACUAUCAACAAUCCUGAGCAUCUCACUGAGUGGCUACAAUCUGUAAAAAGAUACUGGCAGGAAGCAGAAAAGAGCAUAGAUGAUUUUCAUCCUACUCUGGAUGCUCGAUGUGUCAGAGCCUCCCAAAGAUACUUAAAAGCAAAGAAAUCCUACAAAGUCAGACUCGUGCUUUAUGAAGAGAGAUAUAAUGAUUUAGAGAAAUAUGUGUGUUCCCUACAAGAUGGUGAUAUCGCCUUUGACCAUUAUCAUCCAUGUGCUACGCUAACAACAGAUCAUAUUGAGAAGUAUGGAUUUCCAUCUGAUCUUGCUCUUUCUCCAAGAGAAAGCAUACAGCUGUAUGACAUUAUGGUACAAGUGUGGAAAACAUGGCCCAAGGCUCAAGAAUUGUGUCCUGAGGAAUUUGUUUACUUUAAGAAUAAAAUAAUCAUCACAAAGAUGGAUGCUAAAAAAUAUGAAACAGCAUUAAAGGAAGAAAUAUCUAAUUGGAUUAAAAAUGGAAAUGUAAUACAGGCUAAGCAAGUGCUGAAGAUUCUUAGACCUGCUCCUGUUAAUCAGUCAGAUGACUUGAAUCACAUAUUUCCACUUCUUGUUGAAAAGCUUGGGAAAAUGGAUAAACUGCCUGCGUUGUUUUUUAUGUUCAAGAUAAGUGUUGUAGAAGAAAGGGCACGCAAAGUGUGCCAAGACUUAGAAGAAAAGCAGGAAAGGAGACAGUCAGCUAAUGCAAUCAAAGAAAUUCAUGUGUUAACUCACAAGCUGAAGAAAGUAAAGAAAUCACUGGAGAAAACACCAACUGUGCCUGAAAAUGCCUUGAAAAGAUCUUCAAGAAUGGAUCAAAGCAUAGUACAUGAAGCUGAGCAUGUGAGUUUAUUAAAAAUGUUGGAAAAGAAGACUGAGAUACCUCCAGAUUGCACUUAUGCCAACCCGAAAAUGAUAGAUGAAGAGACUUUGCAAAUGCUGUUUGAUCGAAUAAAAUCACAGAGAAAAGGUAAAGAAUUAACACAGCUGUCAAGGAGGGGUAUUGGAUAUCAUCAUGGUGCUCUGAAUGCCAGAGAAAGACAGUUCAUUGAAGUACUCUUCAGGAAAGGGUUCCUCAGGGUUGUGACAGCUACUAGCACACUUGCUUUAGGAAUUAACAUGCCAUGUAAAUCUGUGGUUUUUACUCAAAACUCUAUCUAUUUGGAUGCUUUGAAUUAUAGACAGAUGUCUGGACGUGCAGGAAGACGAGGUCAAGACUUUUUGGGAAAUGUGUUUUUCUAUAAUAUUCCAUUACCGAAAAUAGAAAAGCUUAUCAAAUCCAAUGUACCAGAACUGAAAGGCCAAUUCCCCUUUGGCAUGAGCCUAGUCCUACGGCUCAUGUUAUUGGUUUCCAAAGCGGACAACAUCCCAGUUGCUAAUGCAAAGGUGCUUUCUGUGCUAACUCAUUCACUGUUAUCCUUCAAAAAUCCCAGAAUCCAGGAGAUGCUGAAGCUAUAUUUUUUAUUUUCAAUGCAAUUUCUUAUGAAAGAGGGAUAUUUGGACUGUGAAGGAAAUCCAAUUGGUUUUGCUGGACUUGUCUCACAUUUGUUUUAUCAAGAACCUUCUAAUCUUUUGUUCGUCAGUUUCCUCAAAAAAGGCCUGUUCCAUAAUCUAUGUCAACCAACUAAAAAAGGCUCAAAAUACUUUUCUCAAGAUGUGAUGGAAAAACUUACAUUAGUAUUGGCAAAUCUGUUUGGAAGAAUGCAUAUUCCAGCAAAGCUCUUAGAUGGCAAUUUAAAGUUUUAUCAAUCCAAGGUGUUCCUUGAAGACUUCCCUACAGAUUUUGAUGCUGCUUUACUGGAGUAUAACACAAAAGUGAUAAGAGACUUUAGCCAAUUCCUACUGAUUGUUUCUAAGUUUGCUGACAUGAAGCAAGAAUAUCAGCUCCCCUUGUCAAAAAUUGAUUUCACAGGUAAAAGAGGUGCCACUUCCAAGCUUGCAGCUCAUCUGAUGAGUUGCAAAGAGAGCAGAUCUGCUGUUUCACCCUUUGUGUGUCUUUCUGGAAUUACAAAUCAAGAUUUACUUCAAGUAAAGAAUAUUGACAGUAUCAUUCUACGGACAAUUGGUGUUACUUCCUCCCAAGCUCCUUUGUUUUACUCAAAGAAAUUUGACAAUCUAGGGAGAACAUUGCCACUCAAUGCCUAUGUCCUUGAUUUCUAUAAACAUGGUUCCCUGAAAGGAAUAGAACAAGAUAACAGGAUCACUGAAGGUGAAGCUUAUGUAUUACUGAAAGACUUUUCCCUCAUCCUUCAAUCUAUCAGUGUUUCUUUGAGGGAACUAUGUGAAGAUGAAACUGAUGAUGUGGUGCUAGCAUUUGAACAGCUUAGUAACAGCUUCAAGGAAAAACUGGAUAAAGUCUAAGAAUUUUUUGCCUGGUACCAGCACCUGAAGCUUUCUUUAUUUAAGUCUUAGCUCACAUUUCUAUAUAUCCUCAUGUUUUGAUGAUAUGCAUUUUUUUUUUAUUUUGCAGUUUGUUACCUCAAAUUUCAAUUCUGGUUGCAUAAUAUUGUAAAACUUCCAAUGUAACAUUCAGAUUUUAAUAUUAAGACAGACUCUAUCCUAGAAUCUAAGUCACUUUUUACUUAUUUUUUAAUGAGUGGGAGUUAGGGGGGAAAGGAGAGCUUCUGUGAUGUCAUUAGCAUCAAGAACUCCAGUAUAGAUGAAACUGCUUUUUAGCUCAUAGACAAAAGCACUGCCUGGAACAUUGGGAGGUCAUUUCACCUCUGCCACAUAGAGAUAAAGGGUAUUAGGCUGUGGACCAAUUUUAGUAUAUAUACCAAAAUAGCUGUGCAGUCUUGACCUUUUUAGCACUAUGCUAAUGAAUUUGAGUAUAAAAGCCAUGCCCCAAUUGAUAAAUCAUUGAAAGAUAUGAUCUGU